UUUAUGUUAGUGGCGUAAAAUUGUUCUUUUCCUGUGAGGGGUUCUGGGGCUACUGUUCAAGAGCUUCCAGGCGUUCCAUUUAUGUUUUUGUGUUCUCGUUAUGGCUUUUUACCUGUCAUUUUUUUUAAAUCUCUCUUCUUCCUACUUUCUUUUCGUCCAUGCAUUUUCUCCACUUUUUCAAGGGACCAAAUAUCCUUAAUUUUUUAUGGCCCUCUCUUUGCUGCUUCCUUGUUCCACCUCGCCCAAAGCUCCUCCCGUAGUUCUCUCUGUCCGUCGUCAGAAGCCAGAAACUAAAACAUCCUUGAAUGAGCUAUGUAAGCAAGGAAAUCUCAAAGAUGCCUUUUUCUACCUGGCCAACCCAUCAAACCAUUCAUCCCUGAAAGCCUAUUCAUUCAUUCUAGAGCUCUGUGCCUCGCAGAAGGCGGCUGCCCAAGGCCAGCAGAUCCAUGCUCGCAUUCUUAAAACCAAUUCAAUUUGUUCUGAUGAGUUUUUGUAUACGAAGUCCUUAUUCAUGUAUGGAAAAUGCGGGUGUCUCAAUGCAGCACAACAGCUGUUUGAUGAAUUGCCUCAUAGAACAAUUUUUGCUUGGAAUGCACUGAUUGGGGCGUAUGCUUCUAAUGGAAAGCCUGAAAAGGCUAUUCAGCUUUACUGGAAUAUGCGGAUGUUGGGUGAAAUGCCAGAUGGAUGCACCUUUGCUUCUGUGCUCAAGGCUUGUGGUCUGGCUGAAGAGCUUCACAGUGGGAGUGAGAUUCAUAGUUUGGCUGUUAAAUGUGGUCUGUCUUCUUUAAGUUUUGUUGCGAAUGCUCUUGUUUCCAUGUAUGCAAAAUGCGGGCAGUUUGGUCUUGCAAGGAAGUUAUUUGAGUGGAUGCAAGAGGAUGGUGAUGUUGUGCUGUGGAAUUCUAUUAUCUCUGGUUUUGUCCCUUCUGCUGAUGCUAUUUCCCUGUUUAGAGAAAUGCAGAGGAGUGGUCUGAGAAUGAACACUUAUACUGCUGUUACUGUCCUUCAAGCUUGCACCGAGUUGUCCCUUCUGAAGUUGGGAAGAGAGGUUCAUGGCUCACUUCUUAAAAGCAGUAUGGGAUUUGACCUCUAUGAAGAAAAUGCUCUGGUAGUUAUGUAUUCAAGGAGUGGUCGUAUGUCUGAUGCAGUUCGCUUAUUUAAUGAGAUGAAUGAGAAAGACAAUGUAUCUUGGAAUUCAUUAAUAUCUGGAUAUGCUCAGAAUAAUUUGCAUGGGAAAGCUGUUGAACUUUUUUGUCUGAUGCUUGAAAUGGGGUUUCAACCCGAUCAAGUUUCUCUCAUAACUGUAGCUUCUGCUUCGGUGAGGUUAGGGAACUUGUUGAAUGGAAAGGAGAUUCAUGCCUACGCAAUAAAGCGAGGCUUCGAUUCCAAUUUACAGGUUGGAAAUGCACUCAUGGACAUGUAUACCAAAUGCUGCCUUGUAAACUAUUCCAAGUUUAUAUUUGAUAGGAUUCCUAUGAAGGAUGUCAUAUCAUGGACAGCCAUGAUUGCCUGUUAUGCUCAGAAUUCUUAUUACUUGGAGGCAAUUGAAUUAUUCAGACAAGUGCAGAAAGAGGGAAUUGAAGCUGAUCCAAUGUUAAUUGGCAGCAUCCUACUUGCUUGCAGCAGUUUAGUUUGUCUUUCACUCCUGAAGCAGAUUCAUGGCUAUACUAUCCGACAUAUGCUACUAGAUGAUGUACUAGAUAACACAUUUAUAGAUGCUUAUGGUGAAUGUGGUGAGGUCAGGUAUGCUCUGAACAUCUUUGAAAGGAUAAAUAAUAAGGAUGUGGUGUCUUGGACAAGCAUUAUUACCUGCUAUGUGGAUAAUAGUCUCUUUAAUGAUGCUUUAAAUUUAUUUGUAGAGAUGAUUAAAGCCAAUGUAGAGCCUGACGAGAUCGCACUCCUCAGUGUACUCUCUGCCAUAGCAGGCUUGGCAUCCAUGCUUAAGGGAAAAGCUGUCCAUGGUUUCAUGAUGAGAAGAUGCCUAGGAAUAGAUGGAUCUGUGAGUAGUUCGCUUCUGAAUAUGUAUGCUCGGUGUGGUAGAAUAGAUGAAUCUUUUAAAGUGUUUAAUAGGGUUAGAUAUAAAGAUUUAGUUUUAUGGACAAGUAUUAUUGAUGCUUGUGGCAUGCAUGGUCGAGGAAGGGAUGCUAUUGAUUUGUUUGAUAAAAUGGAGACCCUGGGGUUAGUACCUGAUCAUAUUGCCUUUCUAGCCCUUCUCUAUGCAUGCAGCCAUUCCAGACUUGUUAUGGAGGGAAAAUUUUUUUUUGACAAAAUGAUAAAGGAUUACAUGUUGAAUCCAUGGCCGGAACAUUAUGCUUGCAUUGUUGAUCUUCUUGGUAGAGCAGGGAAAUUGGAUGAGGCUUAUGAAUUCAUUGGAGAGAUGCCAACCAAGCCAACAGCUACAGUAUGGUGUGCCCUCCUUGGGGCUUGCCGGGUCUACUCCAACUAUGAACAUGGUAAACUCGCAGCUGAGAAGCUGCUUGAAAUGGAACCAGAGAACCCAGGAAACCAUGUGCUUAUUUCGAAUUCCUUCGCUGCAAUGGGAAAAUGGAAUGAUGUCAAGGAAGUGAGAUCGACAAUGAGAGAGAAAGGAUUGAAAAAGGAUCCUGCUUGCAGUUGGAUUGAAGUUGGAAGCAAGGUUCAUGCAUUUGUUGCAAGUGAUAAAUGUCAUGUAGAUUCGUUAAAAAUCUACACAAAGUUGGCUGAGAUAACCCAACGUUUAGAGAAGGAAGAAGGUUAUGUUGCAGAUACUAGGUUUGUUCUGCAUGAUGUUGGGGAGGAGGAGAAAAUAAAGAUGCUUCAUGCACACAGUGAGAGGCUUGCCAUUGCGUUUGGUUUAAUUCAUAUUCCUCAUGGAUCAACUAUCAGGAUCACCAAAAACCUUCGUGUUUGUGGUGAUUGUCAUGUUUACACCAAGUUGGUUUCAAAAGCUUUUAGACGGGAUAUUAUUGUGAGGGAUACCAAUCGGUUUCAUCAUUUCAAAGAUGGUUCUUGCUCUUGUGGAGAUUUCUGGUGAGUAGAACAUACCGUGAUACCCGGAUGAGUAAUAGUUUGUCAUCAAUGUAGCAAUAAGCUUUAUUUAGUUGGGGAGUUUGAAUAGCUAGAAACUUCGGAGUCCAGCCAUUAUGACAAGACCGUUACAUUCAUAGUAUCUCUUCUGAACGGAUGUAGAGUAGAAGAGGUUUGCGACCUUUCAUUUGGUCCUGUUGCUCACCUUAUUUCGCAAAUUGAAUUAGUCACAAUAAAUAGUAGGCUGGUUAUCAAAUUGGAAAACAUAGAUGGAGGAUUCCAGGACUUGAUUGAUUUUUCA